UUCUCCCUUCUUUAUCCUCGCCAUCUUUAUUUGGUGCUCUCUCUUUGGGCGGCGCACUCGCGGGCUCGCAGCGCACCUCCCUCUGCCUCUUUCGCUCGCCAUUAAUUGCCGCCUGCAGCCCCAGUACUGCGCCGCUUAGCCCAAAGUUUUGAUCUUUUGCUUCCAUGGGUGGGCGCUACUAGCCUUUGGGGGUCACUGCCGAGGAGCUUUGGAGGCAAUGGGGGUUGUGCGGAGGGAGGGGCAAUGGGCGGCUGCCACCUUCCUUUACGCGGUGGUGGUUCUUGGGGCGGUGGCGGCGGGCGGCGUCCGCGCCUUCGAGGACGGGACUGCGGUGUACAUUGUGAUAAUGAAACAAGCGCCGGUGCUCCACAGGCGCCUUGACUUGGAGAGGUUCGGGAGCAGCAGAGCUGCCAAUGCCGGCGGCGGCGGGGACACUCCCUCCACCAGUGUGCUGAGGAAGCCGAGACAUGGUUCACCCAAACCUAUGAAUUAUGGUUCAUACCUAGUUCGCCUUCAAAAUUCACUGUUGAAGAGGACGCUAAGAGGAGAGCACUAUAUAAAGCUGUACAGCUACCGCUACUUGAUUAACGGUUUUGCUGUUGUCAUGACUCCUCAGCAGGCAGACAAGCUAUCCAAGAGAAAAGAAGUAGCAAAUGUGAUGUUGGACUAUUCAGUUAGGACCGCAACAACUCAUACGCCUGAAUUCCUUGGACUACCGCAAGGAGCCUGGGUUCAAGAAGGUGGUCCACAAUUCGCUGGUCAGGGUGUUGUUGUUGGCCUCAUUGACACAGGAAUAGAUCCAACCCACCCUACCUUUGCAGAUGAUCUAUCAACUGAUAGUUAUCCAGUACCCGCUCACUACUCUGGCAUUUGUGAGGUUACCAAUGAUUUUCCAUCUGGGUCCUGCAACAGAAAGCUCGUGGGAGCUCGGCAUUUUGCAGCAUCUGCAAUAACUAGAGGUGUCUUCAAUGUUUCUCAAGAUCUUGCUUCACCAUCUGAUAGUGAUGGCCAUGGGACGCAUACAGCAUCCAUUGCGGCUGGUAAUCAUGGAAUUUCUGUUGUUGUGUCUGGGCAUAACUUUGGAAAUGCAAGUGGCAUGGCUCCUCGUGCACACAUUGCUGUCUAUAAAGCUCUUUACAAAAGCUUUGGAGGUUUUGCUGCUGAUGUUGUGGCUGCAAUAGAUCAGGCAGCUGAGGAUAAUGUUGACAUCAUCAGCUUAUCCAUUACUCCUAAUAGGAGACCUCCUGGACUGGCUACAUUCUUCAAUCCAAUAGAUAUGGCACUUUUGUCAGCUGUAAAAGCUGGCAUAUUUGUGGUGCAAGCUGCAGGAAAUACUGGUCCUUCCCCUAAGAGCAUGUCUUCCUACAGUCCUUGGAUAUUUACCGUAGGAGCUUCUGCCCAUGACAGGGUAUACAACAACUAUGUUGUACUUGGCAACAAUUUGACAAUUCUAGGAGUUGGUCUCGCUCCUGGAACAGAUGGUGAUUGUAUGUACACUCUAAUUGCUGCACCUCAUGCACUGAAAAACAAUACAGCAGCCAGUCCUACUGAAAUGUCCCUCGGGGAGUGCCAAGAUUCAAGUCACCUAGAUGAAGAUUUGAUAAGAGGAAAGAUACUAGUGUGCAGCUAUUCUAUAAGAUUUGUACUUGGUCUUUCUUCUGUGAAACAAGCUUUAGAUACAGCCAAGAAUGUCAGCGCUGCAGGAGUUAUAUUCUAUUUGGACCCAUUUGUUCUUGGGUUCCAGUUGAACCCAACUCCAAUGCGCAUGCCUGGACUUAUAAUACCAUCGUCUGAUGACUCUAAGGUAUUUCUCACUUAUUACAAUGAUUCCCUUGUGAGAGAUGAGGCGUCAGACCGAAUUGUUAGCUUUGGCGGAGUGGCGAAAAUACUAGGGGGUCUAAAGCCAAAUUAUGGAAAUCCUGCACCGAAAGUAAUGUUCUAUUCUGCUAGGGGUCCUGACCCUGAGGACAACUCAUUGUCGAAUGCUGAUAUCUUGAAACCAAAUCUGGUAGCACCUGGAAGUUCCAUUUGGGGUGCUUGGAGUUCGCUUGGACUGGAUUCUGCUGAAUUUGCUGGUGAAAAAUUUGCAAUGCUCUCGGGCACAAGUAUGGCUGCACCCCAUGUCGCUGGUCUUGCUGCUCUAAUCAAGCAGAAAUUUCCUUCUUUUAGCCCAGCAGCUAUAGGUUCUGCAUUGUCUACUACUACAUCCCUCAGUGACAGGCAAGGGAAUCCAAUCAUGGCACAGCGAACAUACAACAACCCAGAUUCAACGCAAACUCCAGCUACACCUUUUGACAUGGGGAAUGGGUUUGUCAGUCCCACUGCUGCUUUAGACCCAGGGCUCAUAUUUGAUUGCAGUUACGAUGAUUUCUUCUCCUUUCUUUGCGGCAUAAAUGGGUCUGGUCCAGUAUUGACGAACUACACUGGCAACAACUGCGUGGCCUCCACCAUGUCAGGAGCAGACUUAAACCUGCCCUCAAUCACCAUAGCAGUGCUCAACCAGUCAAGAACAAUAACGAGAACGGUGACCAAUGUGGCGGCCGACGAGAGCUACACGAUCAGUUACAUUGCUCCCUAUGGAGUCGUGGUUUCUGUUGCGCCAACCCAGUUCUUCAUCCCCAGCGGGCAGAAGCAACUCGUGACCUUCGUUGUGAAUGCCACCAUGAACAGCUCUUCUGCGAGCUUUGGAAACGUCAGAUUCUACGGUGAUAAAGGUCACCGGGCAAUCAUUCCAUUCUUAGUGAUCUCCAAGGUUGUCAGUUCCUGAUGACGAUGACGGAUGAGCUGAUGCAGUGGAUGCAGACAAUGGCCUGACUGAUCCAGUGUAUGCAGUGAUGACUUGACUGCAUGGAGCUUACCUUGACUUGAGAGUUUUUUUUUUGGUUAGUUGUGGUGUACAUUCUGAAGGAUGCUGAUGUAAGUAGCUGAGUGGUUAACUAGGGAGUAACUGUAAAGAGAAUGUACCAAAUCCCCCUCUUGCCAUGAAUGAGAAUUCCUUUUGCAGCAGUUAGUGUUUGAUUUA